AUGGAUCCCCCGGUACGCGUCAUCCUGGAUGUCGGCGCACAGAUCCUGGAGCUUGAUAACAUUGGCGUGGCGCAAGCGUGGCUGUCUAUACUCUCUGGUGAUGAGGCGACGCAAGCCGCCAUUUUUGUCGACAGGGAUGAUCAUAUCUGCGUCCUUGAUCGCAAAGGCUAUGUCGAGCCGCUGCAUACGUCGCCAUUCGCCACGCAGCUCGACGUCUGCGUGGUGUUUCUAGACGAGGCACACACGCGCGGCAUUGAUUUGGCACUACCCCACUACUACCGCGCGGCCGUCACACUUGGCGCCAACCUGACCAAAGAUAGACUCGUGCAGGCGUGUAUGAGGUUGAGAAGACUAGGCCACGGACAGUCUGUCGUCUUUUGCGUACCCAGGGAAAUCUGCUCCAAAUUACACACUACCCAGCCCACCGUGGCCGAUAUUCUACAAUGGGCGAUCAAAGGCACCUGGGAAGACGCAGCGCGCAGCGUUCCCCUGUGGGCCGUCCAGGGACGACGCCAUCAAGCGCAGGCCACCGUCUGGAAAGCGGCGCAGACAGAGGACGGCGCGCUCCAAAUGACAAGGUCGCAAGCUAGCCAGUUUCUGGAGCAAGAGGCAGUCUCGAUGGAGACUCGCUAUGCGCCACGCAUGGACACCGCAGCCGCAGCUGGGGACGACGAUCCCAUCAACCAGCGAUUCCGCGCGUUCAGGCCCAUGAAUUACUUCGCCGCGGCUCUAAGCGAGGAGCAGGAGCGCGAGCUGUCGCCCGAGAUUGAGCGGGAGCGCGAGGUGCAGCGGGCUGCGCCUGAGCGGCCCGCGUUGCACGCCCUGCAUCCGGACAUGGUCACCUACGUGGCGACGGGCCGCCUGGCUGCGGAUUCGUCGGCCCGGGUGCCGGCUUUUGCCUCGCUGUCGGCUACGAGUGCCGCGCGGUACCUGGAUCUCAAUACAUGUCCACCUCAUGUGUAUGUGUCGCGGGACUUUGCGCAGACGGUUGAUGGGGGCGGCUCCGACUGCACGCAGCGGCCUGUACAGUGGGUUUUGGUGAGCCCGCCGCGGUCCCAAGCGCCGGCUAUUGACACCAUGAUGGUUAUUAGCCCCUAUGAGGCGCAAAUGCUACUGCCGGCGAUCCAGAAAUCCACCAGUGUGGCCUUGUGUCUGUACGCGCCGCGGCCGAACCAGGGCUAUAGUGCGCUGGAUGCUUUGGACUUAUACACGGUGCCGGAGCAGCUGGACAUAUGUGUGCCUCCGCAAUUCGCCAUCUGUUUGAAUGUAUUUGCCGGGCAGCUGUAUUUUGGGUCCGAGCUGGAGGCCAUCCGCGUCUGUCACUAUCUUGGCAUCAACUUGUCGAUGGCUAUUACCCCACCCUACGAAGAAUAUUGUUUCGCCAAGGACGAUGGCAGGCGGCAACCACGGCAGUAG